AUGACAUCGACUUCUCUGACAGAAAUUGUACCCCCUCACCCAUUGCAAGAAAUUGAACUCCAAGAGCCACACGAUGGGGCCUUUAUCAACCAAGAACUUGCCCCAACCGACCGCGGUCUAGCAGCAUGGAAAUUGCUAGGAACCGCCUUCGUUUUUGAAUCAUUGUUAUGGGGCAAGUACUACAUCGACUAUUAUUCCGAGCUCCCGGAAUUCGCAGAUAGCCGUUACAUCUCCGUCGUUGGGACCGUGGCGUCGGGAAUCUCCUAUCUCGGAGCCCCGUUGACAGCCCCAUUCAUCAAGCGCUAUCAAAGAUACCAGCGACAGAUGAUCUGGAUUGGAUGUACUGUUUCCGCUAAAGUCAAUCUCUAUGCCCAGGUGUCUAUGCUGACUCCACCAGGGCCAAUCUGUAUCCUCGCUCUCGUCGCUGGGUCUUUCGCGAGUACGCUCGAGACCCUCAUCUUGACUCAGGGUGUAGCCUACGGCGUCGGUUUCCUCAUAUUUUAUUAUCCCAUUCUCAACAUGGUGAACGAAUAUUGGAUUGCGCGCCGCGGAAUGGCUUACGGUCUCCUGUGCAGCGCCACUGGUGUUUCAGGUGCCGUGAUGCCAUUCAUAAUGGGGAAGAUGCUGGAUAAGUACGGCUAUCGCGUUACAUUGCGUGCCGUCGCUGUGGCGCUUUUCAUAUUAACGGGUCCAUUAAUUCCGUUCCUGAAGGGCCGACUCCCUGCAUCUAGACAUACGGCCUCCGCCACAGCUAAGUCAGAUUGGAGUUUCCUGCGAACUCCUUUGUUUUGGGUAUACUCAGCUUCGAAUAUUGCCCAGGGCCUCGGAUAUUUCCUGCCGUCGCUCUACCUUCCCUCGUAUGCUAGAUCUAUUGGACUGAGCAAUACGGAAGGGGCAUUGCUUUUGGCGCUGAUGAGUGUUGCCCAGGUAGCAGGGCAGUUCACUUUUGGUUUCUUAUCCGACAAGAGUGUGUCUGUGAAUCUCCUGAUUACCCUAUCAAGUGUUGGUGCAGCUGUUGCUGCGUUUACGAUUUGGGGAUUUGCUCAUUCGUUGGCGCCUUUGGUUGCGUUCGCUCUGAUUUAUGGGUUCUUCGGUGCCGGAUACGUCGCUAUGUGGGCAAGGAUGUCUACGUCCGUUAGUACAGAUCCGACGGCCACUUCGAUGAUAUUUGGAUUAUUUUGCUUUGGAAAGGGAAUUGGGAAUGUGGCGACUGGCCCUCUGGGUGGUAACUUGAUUUUGCAAGGAGUUGAGUUGGAGAACUAUGGCUUGGUGAAGUAUAUGGCUGUGGUCAUUUUCACUGGUGCCUGUAUGGCCCUUAGUGCUUUGGUGGUUUGCUCAAGGUCACUGUGGAAGAUUGGGCUACGGGAUUUACCAAGACGAUGGAUGUAUGCUUGGUUUUAUUAG